AUUAGAGUAACUUUAUUAUUAUGAAAAGUUUUAUUUAAAGUUAACUUUAUUUCCUGGUAAGCAUUAUAAAAAACACAAUGGCAAAAAUAACUAGUAUAGAGAAAAGAAAAAGAGAAGAAAAAACUUGGAAGACCAUCAUAUUGACUUCAUCAUGGUUAACUGUUUUGAUACUUCCAGCCUUUUUUUAUAUUAAUUUAUUGGAAGUCACAAGCUCAAUUUCGAAGUUGGAGACCAAGCCAAUACCGUAUUUUGUGUGCAUUUUGCUUACUUUUUUGUGCAACUUAUUUGCUACUGUCAAAGAGUAUGAAUAUUUUGUGGUUUACAAAAAGUCAAUUAAUGUGUUUUAUGGUGUGGUUGUAUUACUCAGCAUCUCUUCUACGACAAUUGUCUUGGCUUCUCUUUGCGAAAUGAUUGAGCAACUUAAGCACUUGCAUGGUUCCUGUGAAUUUAAUCAAAUAUUAAAAACAUGUAAUUGUUUUUCAUCAAACUGGAACAUCGUUUUGCAUAUUGGAGACUGUAAUCAUAUAUCAUUUAUAAAAACAAAACUGUACCAUGCUUGUGGCGCUUUAGGGUACAGCAUGGUCAUUUAUUGUGUUCUGAUCAUUCGUUUUGUGUCAUCAGAAAGUAUCGUAAAAGAACAUUCUUUAAAAGAUUCUACUCAAAUUGUUAAACAAUGUCAUUCUCCGCCUCCUCCAUACAAAGUAUGAAAG